CGUGUCCACCGGAGGCUGGAGCCUUCAUUCACGCCCUGCGCUCGUGGACGUACCCGACCGGUGCCGUUUUCCCAUGUCGGAACUCUUGGAUGCCUUCGACGAUGCGGGGGUGGACGUGGAGACGAAGCAGUUCCUGAUUGAGGCCUUACACCAUGCGGAGGAGGCGCAAUGGUCCGACGUGCUGGAGCCGUUUGUGAACUUGGGGAGUGCUCAGCCAGGAGUUCCAUGCUUGGGUGGUUGGAGAAUGUUGGAGAAGUGGGGGUUCAUUCCAAGCGUUCGGGUCUAAAGACCACCCCGGCAAGGAACUGUUGGAUCAGGAGACUUUUGUCAGUUGCGUAGCUUGCCAACCUGCUCUCUGAAGACUUCAACGAAUCCUGGGCCUUACGACCCAGCCACAGGUCGUGAGACGCUGCCAUUUUGAUGUGGAUGAAACCUUUUCCGUGGCCCUGCGGCCCUAUGAUGAGUUGGUCUCCGGUCCAUGUUCCUUCUUGUAUCUUCUUGUUUUAUUCUAUUCUUCUAAACCCCGACCCGGAGAGACAUGGACCCCAAAUUCCACCACCCUCAAGGAAAGCGGCAAAUGUCGGACGGUCAAUGAAGUGUUGGGAAAUGUUUGGACAUUUCAGGAAGGUUUCUGCCCCAACUCCAUAUAUAGCUCAAUGACUCGACGUGACAUCGAACGGGCUUGGACCGGCUCCGCAUGGGCGAAUGUGAGGAAUGGCAGCUUGGAGGCCUGUUUGGCCGCUCUCACCAAGCCACAAGUCUUGUUGAAGAGUGCCAAGGCGCUGGAGAAAGAGAUGAAGCAAGCAGAGAAGUCGGAGAAGAUCUCCCCCAUCGCUUUGGCGUUUUUGCAGCUCCUCCAUCCAGUGCUGGGCGCCUCCGGGUUGCACACCGUGGCCCGCUGUGCCGCGGUGUGCCGCAACGCAAAGGAGGCCGUGCUGAAGGCCGACGUGUGGGACAGCCACGUGCUGCGGGCACGCAGGUGGUGGGCACUGCCACCAGUCCCGCAGCGGCUUCAGCCGAAGCAGCCCAACCCGGCGGGGUGGCGGCCAUUUCUAUCCACGUUGAGACCGCGGUGCGAUGGGAUCUACGUGGGCGAAUGUGGCUUUCAGCGUUGGCUGCGCGUGGGACACCACAGCGACCUCCGGAAGAACAGCGCCCAGCUGGCCGCCUAUGGCGGCCGAGGAGGACAGGCUGAAUGGGUGAGCUAUCGGAGGUACGUGCGGCUGAUGCCUCCAGAUGGGGAGGGCCGACAGUAUGCCAUGGUGCUUCAAGAUCCUUGUCCAAGAGAAGCUGCAGAGCAAGUCUUGGUGGAUGGGGUGGAUUUCACCACCCAUUGCAACCCUGUGAAGUCAGAGGGACUUCCAGACACUCAGGUGGCUCAUGUGUGUGAUGCUGAACGGCUCCGAAAACGUUUGUGCGUGGGUCAGUACAGUUUGGACCUGGAGAACCGCCUCAUUCGCGUGAGCUACACCGCCGUGGACGGCACCUAUCGACUGUGCUUUUCACUGAAGCACUGGAUCUUCUCAGACUGUCUCACUUGGGAGCAAUACGAGAUGGAGAGUCAGACAGGAGAGGUGGUCCCAUUUAAUCUUGGGCGCCUUCCAGAUUGGAAGGGCGGAGGUCUGGAAGAUGAGGGGAAAGAUCAUUUUCCUUCCAUGAAUUUUCGGCCGAAGACUUCUCUUGAGCAUUUGGCCUAACUGACCGUCAGACUGCCGCAAGACUGUGCAGCGACCGACAUGGUGGAAAAAGUGCAGGUGGUGGGCGGA